AUGUCGGACUAUGGCGGCGGCGACGAUGAUAUGCGCGACAUGGGCGAGACGGAGGAGUUUGAUGACAAUUUGAUCGAGGAGACACAAUUUGAGGAAAACUACGACAAUGAUGAUGUGGAUCCCGAGAACGCAGCGCAAAACCCAGAGCUCAACAGCACAGACUUCACGGAUGGCACUCAAGGGAACAUUGUUACGAGCGGCGAGGCAGGUCUGGUCAAUGCGGUCAAGACUGUGAAGAGCAAGAAGAUUGCUCAGGAGAAGAGAACGACGACACCAUACAUGACCAAGUACGAACGUGCAAGGGUUCUGGGGACAAGAGCGCUGCAGAUCAGUAUGGGUGCUCCUGUACUCGUCGAUGUGGAGUCAGAGACCGAUCCCCUCCAGAUCGCCCUCAAGGAGCUGCGUGAGAAGAAGAUCCCGUUGGUAGUACGCCGCUACCUCCCGGACGGCUAUUACGAGGAUUGGACGUGCGAGGAGUUGCUGUACGACGGCGUUUGGGACCAGAGGGGCUGGGCUGGAAUAUUCGCGAUUGCGGGGCAUGGGUCCCACCAGAAUUCCAAGACCAUAGCAUACGAGUUGCCCCAGGCACUCAUCGCACGGCACACGGAAGCGUACAUGGCUCAGAGCCAUUUCGACAGCUUGUUGAUCCAAAGCGAGAUAUUUUGA